CUAGCUUAGUCUAGUCUAGAAUAUUUUGUAGCAAAGUACUGCUUCUAGGGUUACUCUUGUUUGCAGAAGAAGUGUUUCAUUUUCGUUCCUUGAAAAGGGACUCUUUUUCCCCCUCCGCAAAACCAAAUUCUAGGGUUUUGCGGCGAUCCCCCCUCCUUACUAGGACUUUCCAACCCGGGGAGUUUCCAUUCGAGAUGGAGUUCGACGAGUACGAGUACCUAGAGAAGGCGGUGGAGAACUCUCAGUCUCCGGCAAACGGCGGCGGGUUGCCGGGGUCGAAGGAGAAGGAGCGUUCCGGCGAUUCCAAGCGCCGCUCCUCCGCCGCCACCGUCGAGGCGGAGCGCGAUGGGGAGCGGCGCUCGAAGCACCGGCGGUCGGAGGACCGCGACGGAGACGAGCGCCGCGGCUCGUCCCGCCACCGCUCGUCGCUGGAGCGCGGGGAGCGUGAGCGGGAGCGGGAGCGGCACAGGAGCAAGAGGGAGCACAAGGAAGCAGAUCGCGACGAGAGGGAGAGGGAGAAGGAGAAAGAUAAGGAGAGGUCGAGGGAGCGGGAUCGCGAGAAGGAGCGAGAGCGCGACAGGGAGAAGGAGAAGGAUAAGGAUAAGGAUAAGGAUAAGGAUAAGGAUAGGGAGAAGGAUAGGGAUAGGGAUAGGGAGAGGGAGAGGGAGAGGGACAAGGAUAAGGAGAGGGAGCGGUCACGGAGGAGCAGGAGCAAGUCUGAGAAGCAUAGGGAGGAGGAGCGUGACGGCGACCGGGCCCAGGAGAGGAGCAGGGAGAGGGACUACAGAUUAAGGGAGUAUGAACGCGAUCACAGGCGUUACAGAGAUAAGAAAGAAGAAGCUGCAGAACCGGAGGCUGAUCCUGAAAGGGAUCAGAGAACUGUUUUUGCUUAUCAGCUCUCUUUGAAGGCAGAUGAAAGAGAUGUUUAUGACUUCUUUUCGAGGGCUGGAAAGGUGCGGGAUGUUCGCCUAAUUAUGGAUCGUAAUUCGAGACGUUCUAAAGGAGUUGGGUAUAUUGAGUUUUAUGACGUUAUGUCUGUUCCAAUGGCGAUUGCUCUCUCUGGACAGCUGCUUCUUGGGCAACCAGUAAUGGUAAAGCCCUCAGAAGCAGAAAAGAAUUUAGUCCAGUCAACUACUUCUGCAGGUGGAGCAGCUUCUGGUGGAGCAAGAAAGUUAUAUGUUGGGAAUCUCCAUUCGAACAUUACUGAAGAUCAACUUCGACAGGUGUUUGAACCAUUUGGUCAAGUCGAGCUUGUUCAAUUGCCUCUUGACCCAUUGACUGGGCUUUGCAAAGGUUUUGGUUUCAUUCAGUUUGCGCGCCUUGAAGAUGCGAGAGCUGCGCAAAGUUUAAAUGGACAACUUGACAUUGCUGGCAGGAUAAUUAAGGUUUCAGCUGUAACGGACCAAGCUGGAGUGCAAGCUAGUGGAACAAAUACUGGAGAUUUGGAUGAUGAUGAAGGUGGAGGCUUGGCACUAAACGCUAGCUCUAGGGCUCUGCUCAUGCAGAAGUUGGACCGGAGCGGCACUACAACUAGCAUGACUAGUGGGCUUGUUGCUCCUGCGGCCAAUACUGCUGCGCUUCCUCUGCCUGCUGCAUCAGUUCUUGGUGCUCCUCCACUGGCUAAUCCAUUUCUACCAACCACUGUGCCUCCUAUUGGAGGAGUACCUGCUUCAGGUCUUCUUCCAGUUCCAAGCCUUAGCAUGCCUUCUGUCGAGUCUGCUGUUCCUAGUGAAUGCUUGUUGCUGAAGAAUAUGUUCGAUCCAAGUGUGGAGACGGAACCUGAUUUUGAUUUAGAUAUUAAAGAUGAUGUUUCAGAGGAAUGUUCCAAAUUUGGCACAGUGAAGCACAUUUUUGUGGACAAAAACAGUGCUGGCUUUGUUUAUCUACGGUUUGAUAGUGCAUCCUCGGCCAUGAAUGCACAGCGGGCGCUCCAUGGGAGGUGGUUUGCUGGAAAGAUGAUCACAGCAAGUUAUCUGUCUCCACAAUACUACGAGGCAAAGUUUCUGAGCGGAAGCUAAACGAAGAUUUUCUUUUCUUUUUGAAAUGGCUUUCUUGUAACAUACUCUGCUAAAUGGACAUUUGUCUGCACCCACUGAGGGUGCUGCCUAUGAGAGAGAGCUGUUGGGUAUGCUUUACUUGAUUUUCUAUGUAGCAACAAGCCAUGUGUUAAUGCUUUUUCACCAACUUAAUAACUUUGACUAGACCUUUUAGAUCGUCAUCAGUUCGUGUACCAUAAGCUCAUAUUGUAAUUCUUUAGCAGCUGAAUGACCGUCCUCUUUAUUCCUAUCACCUUGUUAUUGUUAGAAUUAUAAAA